AAAAUUGACAAUUGUGUGUAACAUAAACAUGACGUGUAAAUAAGUAACCUCACCUCCUAUCUCCCGUUUUCUAGAUUGUGAAUGUUGAGGUUUGUUAAGUUAAUUGAACUUUUCUCGUGAUUUAAAUACACCAAAUUAAAAUGGUUCUGAUGACGAUGAUUGCUAGAAUAGCUGACGGGUUACCGUUAGCAGCUACGAUGCAAGAAGAUGAACAGAGUGGCAGGAAUAUUCUGGAUUACCAAAACCAAGCCAAAAUGCUCUUUAGAAAAUUGGGUCCCCAAUCGCCUGCAAGAUGCACCAUAGAAACUGGACCAUAUUUAUUCCACUACUUGAUAGAAUACGAUGUUUGUUAUUUGGUACUGUGUGAAAAAAAUUAUUCGAAACGAUUGGCUUAUUCUUAUUUAGAAGAUAUUUCACAAGAAUUUCACUCUCAGUAUGGAAAAAGAGUGAAUACUGUAACAAGGCCUUAUUCCUUCAUAGAAUUCGAUAAUUACAUACAAAAAGCCAAGAAAAUCUUCACUGAUUCGAGAUCUAGGAGAAACUUGAAUGCUAUAAAUAAUCAACUACAAGAUGUUCAGAGAAUUAUGGUUCAAAAUAUUGAUGAUGUUCUUCAAAGGGGAACAGUGCUUUCAGAGCUAGAUACCAAAACACAAAACCUAUCGAUUCUGAGUCAGAAAUACAAAAAAGAUGCGACAUACCUCAACACGAAAUCGUUAUAUGUCAAACUUGCCGCAGGGGGUGUAGUCUUAUUAGUAUUCAUCCUCUAUUUUUGGGUUUUGUAAAGAAAAGUUUCAAGGACUGGCUCAUUCAAAUGGUAUUUCUGAAUAUAUUGGGUUCAUAGGUAUACUUAGAGGAAUUAUAUGGUUAACACUAAGCUGGAUAAAGUAUUCAUAGGCAAAUGGACUGAAUUUUCACAAGUGGUUUUCCUCAAUUGAUCUGCAGUUUUGCAUCAUAUCUUAAAAUUAUUUCAAAAUUUCGUUUUAUAUGUUAAUUUAUAUUCUCAUCUAUCCAAAAUGUACAUAACUAUUAAAUUUUUAUGAAUCA